AUGAAUAUUCAAAUAGGAAGCAUUACUCCAGUACUUAUAAUCAAAUGCUUAAUCACCCUCCUCAUCAUCUUCCCAUGUCUCCUCUCUGUAAUCUGCACUGAGUGUGGAUGCCAGCCACCUCAAUCACCUCCAAUAGAAGUUCUAACCUUUGUAGACCAAAGACUCGCUGUCGUCUACCCGGUGAUCCAAAAAUUCAAGAAAACAAUCACUUCAGAUCCCCUGGGAAUCACCCAAACAUGGGUUGGCUCAGACAUAUGCAACUACACGGGCUUCUACUGCGACACCCCACCAGACAAUGACACCGCCAAAGCUCUCGCCGCCAUCGAUUUCAAUGGCUAUCAGCUCGGCGCCCCGACUCUCGAUGGUUUCAUCGAUCAACUUCCUGAUCUUGCUUUCUUCCAUGCCAACUCCAACAACUUUACUGGCACCAUUUCCCCGAAAAUUGCAAACCUCCCUUACUUCUACGAGCUCGAUAUCAGUAACAACAAAUUUUUUGGCGCAUUUCCACCCGCCGUGCUUGGCAUGAACAACCUUUCGUUCUUGGACAUCCGGUUCAACUCUUUUACUGGAACGGUGCCACCGCAAAUAUUUACGCAACCCCUACUCGUGCUCUUCAUUAACAACAACAACUUCAUGCAAAAACUUCCGGACAACCUUGGCAACACCCCGGUACUCUAUCUUACAUUUGCAAACAACAGAUUCACCGGUCCAAUCCCUCGAAGCAUCGGAAAUGCGUCAGCAACAUUGAUUGAAGUGUUAUUCUUGAACAACCAUUUAAGUGGGUGUAUUCCGUACGAAGUAGGAUUACUACGAAACGCCACAGUUUUUGACGCUGGAAACAACUUCUUGACCGGCCCCUUGCCGUGGUCGUUGGGGUGCCUGGAGAAGAUUGAGCAGCUGAACUUCGCCGGAAAUUUUCUGUACGGGCAGGUGCCAGAGUUGGUGUGUGACCUAGGGAAUCUUCAGAAUCUUUCACUCUCCGAUAACUAUUUUACCGUCGUAGGACCUCGGUGUAGGAAGCUGAUAAAAAGUGGAGUUGUUGAUGUGAGGCAAAACUGCAUCCAUGGACUUCCCGAUCAGAGACCGCCGGGAGAGUGCUGGUGGUUCUUCAUUUCUAGUCACUUCCACUGCGAGUACCCCUGGUGGUUCACCACAUAUGUUCCUUGUAGGGCUCCUCCGGCGUGGCAUCAUCACUAUCCUCCGAAGGGGUCCAAGAGGAAGUUGUUGUCUUAUGCUGCUCUUUCUAGAAAAAGAUUGUGA